CCCUUGCAUCUCAUGAUUAUAUACUGAAGAUUGUCCCAACUGUAUAUGAAGAGAUGAAUGGCAAACAGCGGUACUCAUAUCAAUAUACUGUAGCCAAUAAGGAAUAUGUAGCAUACAGCCAUACAGGGCGCAUCAUUCCAGCCAUCUGGUUUCGUUAUGACCUGAGUCCCAUCACAGUGAAAUACACAGAAAGGCGACAGCCCUUGUACAGGUUUAUCACAACAAUUUGUGCCAUUAUUGGAGGAACAUUUACUGUGGCUGGGAUUCUUGACUCCUGCAUUUUCACCGCAUCUGAAGCCUGGAAAAAGAUCCAACUAGGGAAGAUGCAGUAGCAAAGCAACUCUCAUUCCGGCCCAUGGGACAGACGCAAUGAAUGAGAAGCCCACUGCUAUUAAUUUCUGCCUUUGUGUGUGAGGUUGAAUUGGCACAUCUUUAGUUAGAUAAUGCAAAGCAUUUUUAAAGGAGCAAAAACUGGAAACUAAUUUACACAUCUGAAAGUUGGUAGCAUUAAUAAGGGGACUUGUGGUUCUGUACUUUCCACCUGGAAAUAGUUGUAGAGAUUAAUUGCCCUUUUGAUUUUCAAACCAAAAUCUAUAAAUCUGACUAGCACAAUUAUUUUAAGAGCUUCCAAAGUGCUGAAGUUCCUACAGUUCAAGUAGUAUAUAAAUCAAGUGUUCACUCUGUUAACGUUCUAUAAUUGGUACACUAUUUCGUCUUAUGACAAAAUUGUGAGUGAAUGAAAAGUAGCCCUGGAUAUCACUGUUCUGGAUGGGUCACUUGAUCAGUUAUGAAAGAUUAUUUCUGACAAGGAAUAUAAGCUAGGAACUUUUUGUUGUUUCCUGGAAAGCUUCCCUUCGCAUUUGCACCUGUUCUCUGGGAUGAUCAAUGCAGUACCUGAUAUUCCAGCAUAAUAUAAUCAGAAGAGAGGAUGAGCUGUUUCUUUUACUGACAUGAGAUCUGAAAAUAUUUUCACUUCUUUCCAGAAACUGAAUAUCCAGUCUUAGUGUUUACACAUGGCAUGAAGUUACAAAAACAAACCAGAAUAACACAGAACAAGUGAUAUAACAAGUCUUAAUAUGUGGCCUUUUGUAUAAAGGGGAAUUUCUGUGGUGGCAUUUGUGUUUGCACUCUCUCCUGCCUUUUGAAACAAAGACUACCCAGCUAUACUAGCUAAAACUUUGAUGGGCAAUGAGUUAAUGUAUAAGUGGAGUUCUUCAAUAUUGUAAUAACAUAAGUGGGGGAGCAUCAUGUUAACGUAUGUUGAACAAAUAUGGAGAAUCCAGGAAGAUAACCUUCAGCAUGAGUCCAGAUGCCUUGUAUAUCUUCUCGAAGUUUUUGCUUAUCUCUAAAAUACUUUCAAACUGCUGUCUUUUGCCCAACUGAUGUCCCCAGAGGCAGGGGGGUAUAUUCUUUAUUAACUCAUAGGAGAGAUAAGUACAACACUGUGAAAAACAACUCAAGAGUAGGUACACAGCCUUCUUCCUGCUGGUACAUUUCAUUUUUAAGCAUAAUAAAAUACCUUGUGCCUUUCUCCAGUGAGUGGGGGAAGGGCAGAAAUGCUGCCAAGUCUGAGUUUUAAGAUGCCAUUGACAUUGGUUCAUUGGGUACUAGAACAAGACCUGUCAAUUAAUUUUCAUAGACCACAAAUAGUUCUUUGAUAUAUGACCCAUGUGAUAAUUGUUGCAUGCUUUGUACAUUUUGUAUCACCUCAGACAACACAUGCCAGGUCUGAGUACUCCGUGUUGUGUUACAAUUCCUAAAACACUACAAAUAUCCAUGUUACACUUUGGAAAAAAACCAAAAACAUUAUCCUGCUGUUCAAGUAACACACAUGGCCCAUUAAGGGGUAUUUUUUUUAACAUUUGAAGGUAUCAAAUCAAUACACUGUAGUUAAAUUACUUUUGUCCAGAAGUAUUUCAAUCUGCCAGUAUGUGUAUUGAAAUUUCAGUUUGUUACAAUGU